GCAAGAGAGGUGACAACCGCCGCCCCGACGGCAGAGCCCGGCCUGACGCCGCCAUGAGCGCCGCGCUGUUCAGCCUGGACGGCCCGGCGCGGGGCGCGCCUUGGCCUACAGAGCCCGCGGCUUUCUACGAGGCAGGCCGCUCGGGCAAGCCGGGCCGCGCCGCCGAACCGGGGGGUCUGGCUGAGUUGGGCGCCGCCGCGCCGGCCAUGUACGACGACGAGAGCGCCAUCGACUUCAGCGCCUACAUCGACUCCAUGGCUGCUGUGCCCACGCUGGAGCUGUGCCACGACGAGCUCUUCGCCGACCUCUUCAACAGCAACCACAAGGCGGGCGGCGCGGCGAGCGCGGGCGGCCUCGAGCUGCUGCCCGGCGGCCCCGCGCGACUCCCGGGCCCGAUCCCGCGCCCGCUCAAGCGCGAGCCAGACUGGGGUGACGGCGACGCGCCCGGCUCGCUGUUGCCAGCGCAGGUGGCCGCGUGCGCGCAGACUGUGGUGAGCCUGGCGGCGGCCGCGCAGCCCACGCCGCCUGCGUCUCCCGAGCCGCCGCGCGGCAGUCCCGGGCCGCCUGCGCCAGUGCGCGACAAGGGAGCGGGCAAGAGGGGACCGGACCGCGGCAGCCCCGAGUACAGGCAACGGCGGGAGCGCAACAACAUCGCCGUGCGCAAGAGCCGCGACAAGGCCAAGCGGCGCAACCAGGAGAUGCAGCAGAAGUUGGUGGAGCUGUCGGCCGAGAACGAGAAGCUGCAGCGGCGCGUGGAGCAGCUCACGCGGGACCUGGCCGGCCUGCGGCAGUUCUUCAAGCAGCUGCCCGGCGCGCCCUUCCUCCCGGCCGGGGCCGUUGACGGCCGGUGACGCCGGCCUGCCGGCCACAGAGACUCGCCAACGACCCAUACCUCAGCCCGACGGGCGGGGCGCGGUCCAGAGCCCGCCGGCACUCACCGCCCGGAACUGCGCCAGAAGCUAGGACUGGUUAUUUUGUCGUAAAUUAUUUUUAUAAUGGUGGCUUUUUCUACAUCUUACUCCUAUCGAUGCAGCUAAGGUACAUUUGUAAAAGUGAGGUCUCAAACCCUUUAUAUUGUAGCUAAGAGGAAAAGACUGAGCAUGCUCACCUUUUUAUAUUAAUUUUUACAAUAUUUUUUAAGAAUAAAGCAUUUAAAAGCAGCCCUGCCUCCUGUGUUCGCAGUGACUCCCGCACGCCGGUGGCCCGGGACCCCUCUGAGGAAGGGUCCAUCCCCCAUCCUGGAGCGUGCAGUGGGUCACAUAGGGAGGCCACGGGACAAGGGAUGUGCCCCCAUGGGGGAACCUAGCUUCUCAGAAGAGAAGGGGUCUGGCUUGCAUUUGAAAUAUGCCAAGGGCUACUUCCGAAUUUUUCCCUUGAACUUGCCUCGAGGUCAGUAAGGCGUGACUAAAUCAGGAUAAGGGAGUGUUUUCAGGUUGGAGGUGCGUCAAACCCAAGGCCCGACCCGGAGAGGGGCGGCCCCCGCGGGUGGACAUGGGGGCCCUUUUCAGGAAUGAGGGGCAGAGGAAGGCUGAGUGAUCAGAGAAGGCUGUUUGCAUUUUUUUGGCUUUCAGGGGACCUUGCUUUCACUUUCCGGUCUUACGGACAACUACCCGUAGAUUUUCAAAGCAAGUACAAAUACAAAACAGUCAUGUAGUUGGUGAAAAGUCUACUUAAAACCGGAUAUCUUACCGGUAAUGAUCAUGUUUCAAGGCUUAUACUAACAAAUAAAUAAAGCCAUCUGCCCUCCCCGCCCCCCCCCCCCCCCCCCCCAGUUUGGGUACCAGACACCUUUUCUUGGUCUAGGCUGCUAAGUUAGGUAAUUAAUUAACCAGGGACUGUCAUGAUUAUAUCGCUAUAAGGAAGGAAACAUGGAAAAUUUUCAGUGUCCAAAGCUAAUUCAUAGUUUUAUGCCAAUUGAAAUCUCUGCCAACACAGCAAAAGAUAACCACAUCCUUAUCUACAUAUGAAUAAGGGAUUGUCCUUAGUUAGGUAAUAUAACCCACUAGAAGGGCUACUUGAGCCUGUGUAAUCUUUGCUCUCUCUGCACAUUACACAGCCUGAUUACAUUACAGGCACAUUGUAGAGUGAGCUAUCUAUAUCUCUACUCGGUGUAGCCGCAAUCACACUGGUUAGCUUAUCUAAACUUUAUAAGUAACAAUUUCACCUCUGACAUAGUUUCCUAGCACAUUUUCCCAAAAAUAUUGAACUGCAAAGGGUGGAACAUUUAUUAUAGAACGGUAAUAUUACAAUAUGGGACAAAGGCUUAAGCUUUCCAGGGUAUUUUUUAGAGGAAUGUUUAAAACAAACAGUGUAAGAAAAACAUGCUGAAUCAUGGUAAAAUUUCAAACACAUUAGAAUUACAACCACACAAAAUCAUUUUUCUGAUCUAUUAUUGACAAAAUGAAGACCUUAAACUUAUGCAAGUUUCACUAACAUAUUCUUAAGUUUGUAGAUGACCACAGGAAGGUAAUAAAAGUAUAAGAUUGUAGAAAAGUAUUUGAUUUAUAGUUUACAAAGCCAUUUUACUAAUAUUUGUCCCAGAAAAAUUCAAGUAAACUCCAUUUCAAGAUUAUACAGAACAUUCACCCUGUCCAUCGUUAAGGAAUAACCACCACCACCAAAUACACGAAAAGUUCACAGACUCUCAGGCAGCAAAGGGUGCCCGACAGGGGCUGGCCCUGCGCUCAGGAGCUGGAUUUCCUCCAGUGCAAUGCAGCCCGUCGGAUGGCUGGCUACGGACCGGACAAAGCAGUUUAACGGCCCCACCUCCUUUGCAAGGACACUCUUCACUUCAUAACUCUGCAGUGAUAAAGGCAUGCCGGUUAAAGCAAACACAGUAGCUCUGGACGUUCUGUUCCCAACAGCACAACACCAAAGAGCCAGAGUAGGAGAGCUUUUCCCCAGGACAUGACCUUCUACUGCUCAAAUGGUGAGAACAUUGGUAAGGAGAAAAAACAAAAACAAAAACGAAGAACCGCAAUACAAGCCCUAUCAUUAUGGUAAAUGAGGGGAUGCUUUACUCUGAUAACUGAAUUCUGUUUUUACAUAAGGAAAAA